UUUCCCAUUGUAUUGACUUCAUUUCAAACUGUCAUCACCGUUGAAAGCCCGUCGUUAACUUCCCUCCAAUUUUCACCUUUUUUUUUCUGUUUGUUUCCCGAGAAAAUAUUUUUUUGUGUUCACCAAUGGACUCUCGUGGAAAGGGUAAGAAAGGCGCUGCCGGCACAAGCGACGGCGGAGACGGCGGAGACGGCGGCGGCUCCAAGAAGAAGUCAGUGUCUCGUUCUGUGAGAGCCGGCCUCCAAUUUCCGGUCAGCAGAAUCGGCCGGUACUUGAAACAGGGCCUGUACUCUGAGCGGGUCGGAACCGGCGCUCCAAUCUACCUUGCUGCCGUGCUUGAGUACCUUGUUGCGGAGGUUUUGGAAGUGGCAGGAAAUGCAGCCAUGGACAACAAGAGGAACAGGAUCAGCCCGAGACACAUUGUUUUGGCGGUGAGGAACGACGAGGAACUCGCAAAGCUUUUCAGCGAGGUGACGAUCCCGUUCGGUGGGGUGGUUCCGAACAUCAACCCAGUUCUUCUUCCAAGGAGAUCUGAGAAGAGAGCAGCAGCAGAAGCAGAAGAACCACCGCCGUCCCCCUCCAGGGGCAGCUAGUCCCCCAACAAUGCCUUACUUCCUCAAAUCCCCACAUUCUUAAAUAUUCUUUGCUGUUCUUAGAUUGGACUUUUCUUCAUGUUUUUAUGACCAUUUUAUU